CCUGGCCACGCCGUGUCCAGAAGGGUGCCAAGAUAGCAGGCGCUGGCUGCCGAAUGGGGCAGGUGUCUUCUGCUGUGCCGCGAGCAAAUUUGUACUUUUUUCCCUUUAAGCUUAUUUGACCAUCGACACUCCGGAGUGCACGCUGAGCAAAUUAGAGCCCGGGUGGUGUGUGCUUUAAUUGCUCGUACCUGCUGCCGGACCAGCACUAUAAGAGCCUGCCGAUGCCCUCCCUGUAGCUGCUGCUGUAUCUGCUGCUGCUGUAGCUGCUGCUGCCACAGACGCCUGUCCGACCUUUCUCCGCCACCACACCAGCAACCUCACCCGAUGGAGUCGUACAACGGAAUACUGUGCACCAAGCGGGACGCCCUCUUUCUCAUCGAGGCAGCCAAGCAGAGGCUCGUGCCGCUCGUCACCCAGCGCUUCUCGUCCUACGAGCGCCAGACCUCGAUCCGGGCCGGCGCAGUCUUUGUCUGGCGGGAGCAGGGCUCCAACAUCCGCCGCUGGACCGACGGCCGCAAGUGGUCUGCGUCACGCGUGUCCGGCGUGUUUCUCUCCUACCGCGAGAUGCAACCGCCAAGGUCGCAAACCUCCUGCCACGUUGUGGACGAGAAGCACGGCGGCCUCAUCAAGCAGUCGUUUAGCUACUGUGCGGGUAGCGGCGACAAGUUCCAUGUCGUGGGCUACGCCGAGAGCGACCUCGCCGCAGACCCCGCCCGUCUCGCCCGCUGCCAGAGGCCCUCCCUGGACCCGCGUUUCCGGGCCCUCGCUGCCGCCGUGGACGCUGCGGCCGCCGACCCCGCCGAGCCGCCACGGCCCACCACCGCCGCCGGCACCGGCAGGAAGCGGGCGCUUUCGGUCGACUCCGCCAGCCCGGCCAAGCGGCUCUCCACGUCUCCUCCACCAUCUCCGCCGUCCCCGGCGUCCCCGCUGAGCCCGCUGCGCAGCCAGCCGCCGUGCCCCGUGCUCCCGCCGCUGCAGAGCCUCCUUGGCCCCGCGGCGCUGGGCCCCUGCGACUUCGACAGAAAGACUCUUCUCGCCCUUCGCUGCAGCUUCUCGUGAAGGGCCGACCCUGUUUCCGGCGCAAAUUGUGCCUGCGCACGACCUCGGGGCCUAGCUCGCCAGGUCCGUGCACCACCACGCCCAGGCAGUAGGCGCAGGGAGCCGUUCCCGCCUUUAUUUCCGGGAAGAAUUGUGCCGCGACACGACCGCGGGGCCCAGGUCCGAGCCC